GGCGGCUCAGUUUGUAAAAUUUGGUGUCCCUAUGAUCGUAAGUGGAUCACGCUCUGCUUAUGAGCAGGGCCUGCAUAAAGAUAUGUCCUAGAGAAUCUUAACUCUUUUUAAUAUUAAUAUGAUUGUUUAUUUGUCAUCGAGUUAUCCAUUUUAUAUAAUCUUUUGAGUUAUUAAGAGUUGGAAAAUUACGACGUCACUACGAACAGCUUAUCAUAAUUAUUUCUUGUAUGAAUUUUUUUAAGGGUCUGAUCGUUGGUGGAUCGUUUGCAUUGAAGGAAUUCACUGAGAUAAAAAUUAAGCGCCGGGAUGAAAAGACUUACAGGGUAAGCUGAUAGAUUUAAGGACUCAUUUUCUCGUCAAACUUGAGAUCAUACAUCUGCAAACCUGCUUGUCGCCUGGUCUCUUUUUACCACUCUUAAUGUUUUUCCUCAAUAUCUCUUUCCCGUGGAUAGCUGAAAGAGACAUUUAUUUAAUCAUACCUCUCUUCCAAUUUACAUUCAGGGAAUCAUUCAUGGCUAAAGUUUAUUGAAAUCCCAGAACAUUUGGAUAUUGCCAUGAUGUAUCAAAGCCAAGUAGUAAUAAUAAUAAUAAUAAUAAUAGUAAUAAUUUAUCAUAUAUUCUUAGCCGUUUAUUCAUCACUUCACGGGUUUAUUUGGAACCCACAUAUUGACCAGCUCCCAGUUGGCUUGUUGGUAGAGCGCUGCACCAGUAUCACAGAGGUCAUGAGUUCAAAUCCCGUACAGGCCUGAAUUUUUUUUAAGCCUUUUUUUCACUACUGCUGAAGUAGUGUAUAUUACUGCGAGGAUCACUUUCAUAUUCACAUCUUUAUCCACAGUUCAAAUAUACAACUUUCAUAUAUUCUUAGCCAGUAAUAAUAAUUAUAAUAAUAAUAAUAAUGAUAGUAGUGAUAACAAUAAGGAAAGUGAAACAUACCCGAAUGUCAGUGAUACCGAGAUAAAUAAAGGUAGAGUAAGCAUUCAAGUCUGAUGGCCCAACUGGCCAGAGUUUAUUCCAGUUUACUUUAAUAUUAAGUUAUAGACUAGAAGUAUCAAAUAAUUUUAUGUGAAUAAAAGAAUUUUUUUUUUUCUGUGUAGUUGAAUAGGGAAGAAGCUCUUAAAGCUUUACCCAACAAGGGAAGAGAAGUCUUAAUCGAAGAGGCAUACAAGGUAAAUUAAUACUAUUAUUUUAUUGAUCAUUGAAUUUGCACUUGUCAUGAAGAGAUAUUCUUGUGCGAAAUAGUAACUGACUGAAAAUGCAUUGUCUUGAUAUCACCACUGAAAAUUUUAGCCUUAAAAACAGAAAGAAGGACUACAGUGAAGUCAACAUUGGGAAUGUGUUAGGAAUGCCAAGAAGGAGAAGACGAAGACAUAACGACUUGUGUUAAUUUACUUUUUUUUCUGCUUUAUUAAUUUACACAUUCUCUUUGCAACAGGAUAUCGCCCAAAAUUUAGAUAUUGACCACUGGGAAAACAAACGAGGACCACGUCCAUGGGAAGAAUAGCCAAGGUCAUGAAAUUUGAAGAAAAUAAUGUUCAAGCUUGCAGAAAAGUUGCUGUGUAGCCUUUUUGGUUUGCAACCAAUUGAUCUCUGCAGAAAGAGUGGACCAACCAUUAUGUACUGCCAAGUUCUGUCUUUGCUCUGGAUAGGGACUAACAACAGUAACUCUUUUCACUCCUGUGCACUGAUCAAUAAGUAACUUCUCCUUACAGUAUCAAUACAUUGUCAAGCAUAGAGGUGAGGAGAAGAAAAAAAUGUGUAAACUAGGGGAUUUUGUCAAAUUGAACUUUUCAGAGCUAAAAUAAUAAGCAGACAAUGUUAUGAGGGAAAGUAGGAAGAAGACUUUUAAGAGGAAUAGGGUUAAAAACAUUAAAUGAAAUUUCUAUGAUGACCACUCAUCUUGAGUGUUUAAAACUGGGCAUAAUACGAACUAAACUUUUUUUAAAGCCGGGCACCAGGCUAGUGGCAAAAAGAGAUACUGUACAAAGAUUUCACAAAUUGAGAGGCAUGUUUCCACACAAUGCUCCUAUCCUUCUGCUGUUUCUGUAUUUCUUCAAGAUAACUGUCCUUCCUGCCUCAGCUGCACAAAAGCUACAAAAGAGAGUAAACAAUGAAUCCAUUGUGUUAUUAAAGGCCAAUUUCUUUAUGUCUCAUUGUUUAUGCAAUGUAUUACAACAAGCCAUAACAAAAGAAAUGUUGGGU